AUGUCUACAGUCAGCUCAACUACGCUUAAUGCAGACUCGAGCUGGGCUCUUUACGAUGAGCAACCACUCGACGGCGCAUUCGAGUUAGAGAUUCCAGACGGCACAGGCGGUUUUUCGAAAGCAGUCGUCACUAAAGUGUCGAGGCCAUGGCUUUUCGGCUAUCGCCCUAUUGCGAACGCGAACAAGCGAGCAGUCCUCAUCUUAGGUGGCGGAGGUUACGUUUCACUCAUGGUUGGUCGCGAGGGCAUCAGCGUGGCACGGUGGCUGGCGAGUCUGGGGUUUCACGCCUUUGUGCUCGUGCAUCGCUUUCCAAAUGCCGAGACGGGACCCCAGGCACCACUUGAUGAUGCGAGGCGGGCACUGGAUCUGAUUUGCGAGAGGGGCUUCGGAACCCAUGGGCUUGGGGUCUGCGGCCUAUCGUCCGGUGGGCACCUUGCGUCGGCGCUGCUCGCUGCCUAUCCAGCAGCAUGGGAUCCCGCGCCCUCGACGCUGCCAAGGGUCGAGUUCGCCAUCAUCGGCUACGGACCCAUCUCGACCAACGCAGCCGGCCGUACCAUCGUGCCCGAUAAGGCUCCGCUGGAGCCGCCGGAGAAGCAGGCGCUUUACGAUAUGGUGCAACCAGACGUUCAGAUACGCAGUCCGGCGCCGCACACCUUCAUUGUGUAUUCCAGUGACGACCCGGUCGUGCCCGUGGUCAACGCGUACCGUCUUGCCGAGGGUAUCAGCAAGGCAGGAGGCCCGGUCGAGCUUCAUGUGUUUUCGAGUGCGCCGCACGGGUUUGCGCUGGAUACCGAGGGCUUACCGGUCGCCAGGUGGCCGGAGCUCUGUGAGGCUUGGUUACGACAGUAUGAGAUCUUGCGGUGA